CGCCCCUUUCCCGACAACCUGGACUUGAGCCUUCUCGCGGUGUCCCACUGGGCCCCUGCAGGCCAGCCUUUGUGCUAGCGCAUGGGGGCGGGCCUCUUUCCGAUUUGGCUCUCUGAGAAGGCGGUAGGAGUCCGGGAGAGCAGCUGCCUGAGGAGCGCUCAUGGGGGAGGAGGAGCCUGUUUUCCUAGGCCCUGAGCCUGAAAAGGAGCAGUCCAUUCUGGGUGGACUCUUAGUACUCGGCUGCUGAAUAUCACCAAGGAGCCUAGCCAUCCCAGCGGAUCCUCCAGCGAGGUUGUUACCUGCCUGGCCAGAGGACUCUUCUUUGAUGGGAAGGAUAGCAUCGCCUAAGCACUCUUUGUUGGCAGAUUGGCACAGGUGGUAAAUUAAGGUCUAUCUCCAGUGGUGGCCUUGGAUUGACAGAAGAUCAUCACUUUUUACAGGUCUGCUGUCAGACACCAUCAUCCUUCCUCAACCUGACUAUGCCCUCUGUUCUGUCCAUAAUGUUGGUAGAGACUGUGUGUUUAGAAAAGGGACUGUGACUGCUAAACUGUCAACUGACUCCUAAUCCUUGCUAACAAAUUCGUCUCUGCUCCAGUAAAAUUAUAAAGACACUGACCUGGAAUACACUGAGAAACUCACACUGAACUAUAUAUAACUGGGAUUGGACCAUGACUGGGACAAAGAAUAAGAGCAGAGCACAUGCCAAAAUUGUGAAAAGGGCAAGUGUACAAGGUAAAGCUGGAGAAGAGAAGGAAGCUACUGGUGUAGUCAAACCAGUAGCCAAGAGUGGCACCAAAGUCAAAGUCAAGGCUAAACCUAAAGCAGAUGCAGUGAGAGAGAUAAAAACAGUGUCUAAGAAUAAGGUUGUUGCUGAUAUGAAGGAAAGAGCCUGGUCAGAGCCUAAGGUUCCAGUUAAAGCCAUAGCAGAUUUCGGUUGCAAGAAUGAGAAUGAGGCUACCAGUUUCAAACGUAAAGAUAAGGCUGGUACUGAUACGUGGUUCUGGGCUGGGGAAGAGGCUAGUAUCAAUUCCUGGUUCUGGAAGGGAGAAGAGGCUGGGAGUCGUUCCAGUGUUAAGGAUGAAAAUAAAGGUAAUACUGGUGUCCAGAGUCGUGUUGAGGAAUUGGAGCCUGUGGCCAGGCACAGCUGUAAGUCUAGGUCAGGCACUGAGGAUGAAGAGGAGGAAGAGAAUGUUAUUGGGAACUGGUUUUGGGAAGGAGAUGAUUCCACUUAUGACCCUAAUCCUAAACCUGUAUUCAGGAUAGUAAAGCCUCAGCCAGUGGAUGAAAUUAAUGAAAAAAAUCGGCCCAAGGACUGGUCUGAGGUAACAAUCUGGCCCAAAGCCCCUGCUGUAACUCCAGCAGUAUUAGGAUUUAGAUCCCAGGUGCCAUCAGAGACCAGACUCUCUUCAUAUAUUGUUCUGUCCUCAGCCGAGGAAAACAAUUGCUCUUUGCCUGGUGCAGCAGCCUGCUCUUCUAAGGGCACUCGUUCCAGUUCACAGCCUAUCCCUGAGUACCCAUUUGGUUCUGACCCUUGUAUCCAGACCAUAGAUGAGAUUAGGCACCAAAUUAAGAUCAGGGAAGUGAAUGGAACUAAGCCAUUUUCUUGCCCUUGCAAAAUGGAACCCUACUUGGGUUCUGGGGAAUUUGAAAAACUUGUUUAUAUACUUAAGACAACUACUGAUCCUCUCAUUCAUAAAAUUGCACAGAUUGCAAUGGGUAUCUAUAAGGUUCAUUCAUUUGCCCAAGAAUUCAUCAAUGAAGUGGGUGUAGUGACACUGAUUGAAAGCUUACUCAGUUUUCCCUCCCCUGAAGUGAGAAAAAAGGCUGUAAUUACUCGAAAGCCUCCUUUUGGAGAUGAAAAACAACAUAGGAUUGAAUUACAUGUUAAGCAUAUGUGUCAGGAAACUAUAUCUUUCCCUUUGAACUCACGUGGACAGCAAUCUGGAUUAAAGAUACUAGGACAACUGACUACUGAUUAUAUCCAUCAUUACAUUGUCGUCAGUUACUAUUCAGAACUUUUUCAUUUUUUGUCUCAGGGAAAUCAUAAAACUAGAAAUCUUGUUUUGAAAAUACUCUUGAAUAUGUCUGAAAAUCCAGCUGCAGCCAGAGACAUGGUCACUAUGAAGGCACUGACAGCAUUUAAACUUAUUUUUAACCCAGAAGAGGCAAAAGCCAAUCUUGUUAGUGCUGUGGCCAUAUUUAUUAACAUAAAAGAGCAUAUUCGAAAGGGCACAAUUGUAGUUGUUGAUCACUUGAGUUAUAAUACACUUACAGCUAUUUUCUGUGAAGUUAAAGCAAUUAUUGAAGCAAUGUAAAAUGAGCUAGAAAUGAAAGAAUACUGAAAAUACCAAACAUUAAAUUUUACAUCUUUUGAUGCAGUGUUAUCUGUUACAGGAUCUACCUUGGUGUAUCAAAUGAAUAUUAUGUCUUGAGAUGACAAUGUUUGUAGAUUUUUUUUAAUCUUGUCUGGAGUGGCAGAUUUUUUGAUAUUGUACUUAAAAAAUAGCAAACCAGUUCAUCAUAAGUAAACUAGUUUGAUCAUUAGUAUCUGCUUGGAUCUAUUUGUAGCAUUAAAUGGCAAAGUUACUGAUUUGAAAUCUAGUUGUAGAAAUAAGGCAUAUACAUACAUAAAAAUAACCAAUAAUACCUACUGUGUGUGUGUGUAUGUGUAUGUAUACAUAUACAUAUGCUCUUUGCCAAUGCGUCCUCACAUUGCGCGGAGACAGGGUUUAUUAUAGGCUGUUUGAUAUAAGAGAAAUUUCUAUUUUUCUCCUAUUACAGCUGUAGCAAAUAGUCAUUCUCUAACAUAGAAUUGGCCCUGAAUCUCAAGACAAAAUGCACAGUUUACUUUCUCUUCUGCAACUACCUUUAUAACUCUUAAAUUUUAAGCUUAUUUCAUUUAUGACAACCCUCUUCCAAUCUGUCAGACUACUGUCACCAUAUUUAUAAAUUUUUUUCCUUUAACAGUUACCUAUGUUACAUUCUUUUUUUUCUUGUUAGCGUACAUUAGUUAUGCAAAGGAUGAUUUCACUAUUAAAAUUUUCAAUUGUUACA